AUGUGUAUAGCACAUAAAGAUAAAAAUUGGUUACUCUAUUCCAAUAAAGUAUUUGAUAAUUUAGCAUAUAAAUUAGAGAGUACAAAUCAAUCUGAAACUGAUUAAUCUCCAGAAAAAACAGGUACUAACAACUCUACAAAAAAUUAAUUAACAUUUUUAUAAAAUUUAUAAUUAGAUGAAUUAAAUAAUAAUAAUUAAAAAUUUGUUUAAUUUGAUUUUGAUGAUGAUGAUUUAUAUUUUGAUGAUCAAUACAAAAUUAAGAAUGUAAAUUAUAGUAAAGAUAAGAAUUCAAUAUAAUAUUCUAAAGCUUUUUCUUUUGAAAUUCCAACAGAUCGUCCUAAAAAUCAUGUUCAAUUUUAAAGAUUUUUCCAAUCCUUUAAAAAUCCUGAGGAUGAAUCCAUAAUAAAAAAAACAUUUACUUCUGAUGUUACAAUGAAAAUUGAAGUUAAUAAUCCUCCACAAUUUCAUUUAUUAUCAUCAGCAGGUAAGAAAAGUCCACGUAAAAAAUCUAAUGUUCCAAAUAAAAUAUCUAAGUAAAAUAAUUAUAUGACUCCAAGUCGAAAAGUAUCUGCUGAUUAAUUAUUGAAUAGUAAAGAAUAUAGAAGUUCUGGUCAUAAAUAAUCUUUAUUAGAUGGAGAAGUUAAUUUAGUAAAUAAAACAAAACCAGUAUAUGUUCAUAAAAUGAAAUUCUUAAUUAAUGUAUUAGAAAAUUGUAGAAUCUUUGAUAAUGAUGAUGAAUUGUAAAUAUAUUUCAUUCAUGAAGUAAAUUAAAUCUUAUUAAGAGCAAAACUAAAAAAAUUAGAAUCAAUUAAAAAGAAUCUUUUAAGAUCCAUAUCUCAUGAAUUACUAACAAAUCUUAAUGCAGUCUUUGGAUAUAUCAAAUAAAGUUAGGAUAAAUUAUUAACAUAAGAAUCUUGUCAUAUUUAAUUAGAACAAGCAUUGAGUUACACAAAAUUAUAAUUAUAUAAGAUAUAUGAUUUCUUUGAUUAUAGAGACAUUUUAGAAGAUAGUUUUUAAUUAAAAUCAGAUAAAUUUGAUAUCAAUACAGUUAUUUUAGAAUGUGUGGAUUUAUUUAAAAAUUAAAUUGAAAGAAAAUCUUUAUUAAUUAAUGUUGAAUUACCUGAAACCUCUUAUAUUAUAAGUGGAGAUAGAUAACGAUUGUGUUAAGUGCUUUUAAAUUUAAUAGGAAAUUCAAUACGUUUCACUUUCAAAGGAGGAAUCAGUAUAAUAGUUUAAAAGUAGGAAUAUAUUGAAUCAAUGGAAGGAAUAGAUGUAAAUUCAGCUAAUUUAUAGGAUAAUAAUUUACUUGAAGUUUAAGUCAAUGACACUGGGAUAGGUAUGACAGAGAAUGAGUUAAGCAUUUUAAGAAAAAAGGUAUUCCUUUUAAUUAGAGUAGUUACAUUUAACUGAUGAAGAUGAAAAAGUAUCUAAACAUUCAGUUGGUAUUGGUUUGGGAUUGUCUGUUAGUAAAUAAAUUAUUAAGUUAAUGGCUCCCAAAAAUUAGAAUUAUCUUUCUGUAGAAUCAACAAAAGAUGAAGGUACUCGAUUUAAUUUUCUAUUAAAAUAUAAUGAAGAAUAAAAUCUGAACUCAAAUUUCUUAUAAAAAUCAAAUAAUCACACAAUUCCUUAUGUAGAUGCUUAAAGUACUUAAUAAGUUCGUGUGAUGAAUUAUAAUAAAUGUAAUAAUCUUUAGAUCACAGAGAAAUAGGGUUAAUCAGAAUUAUAGUUAGAUUUAUUAAUAAAUUAAUGUCAUUGCAAAAUUGUGUUAAUUGUUGAUGAUGAACAAUUCAAUGUUGAUGUUCUAUCACAUAUGGUUAAAUAAUUAGGAUUUGAUAUAGACUUUGCUUUUAAUGGGAAAUAAGCAAUUGAAAAAGUACAAACUCAAUUACUUAAAAGAUGUAAUCAAUAAAGUUGUAUUGGGUAUAAUUGUAUUUUGAUGGAUAUUAAUAUGCCAAUGAUGAGUGGAUGGGAAACUGUAUAAAGAAUUCGAUAAAUAGAAAAUGAGAUACAUUUAUGCAGAACCAUUCCUGUUGUUGCAGUUACUGGUUUCUGUAGUAUUAAAGAUCAAUAGAAGAGUAUAAAUGAAGGAUUUAAUAGUGUUUUGAUUAAGCCUGCUACUAAAGAGAAAUUAAUUGAUACUUUUAAUCGACUCAGUAUCUGA